UCUGCGCGGUCACGCCGAGCCAGCGCCUGGGCCUGGAACUGGGCCGUAGUUCCCCAGCUUCACCCACCACCUCUCUACCAUGGACCCCCGCAAAGUGAACGAGCUUCGGGCCUUUGUGAAAAUGUGUAAGCAGGAUCCGAGCGUUCUGCACACCGAGGAAAUGCGCUUCCUGAGAGAGUGGGUGGAGAGCAUGGGGGGUAAAGUACCACCUGCUACUCAGAAAGCUAAAUCAGAAGAAAAUACCAAGGAAGAAAAACCUGAUAGUAAGAAGGUGGAGGAAGACUUAAAGGCAGACGAACCAUCAAGUGAGGAAAGUGAUCUAGAAAUUGAUAAAGAAGGUGUGAUUGAACCAGACACUGAUUCUCCUCAAGAAAUGGGAGAUGAAAAUGCAGAGAUAACGGAGGAGAUGAUGGAUCAGGCAAAUGAUAAAAAAGUGGCUGCUAUUGAAGCCCUAAAUGAUGGUGAACUCCAGAAAGCCAUUGACUUAUUCACAGAUGCCAUCAAGCUGAAUCCUCGCUUGGCCAUUUUGUAUGCCAAGAGGGCCAGUGUCUUCGUCAAAUUACAGAAGCCAAAUGCUGCUAUCCGAGACUGUGACAGAGCCAUUGAGAUAAAUCCUGAUUCAGCUCAGCCUUACAAGUGGCGAGGGAAAGCACACAGACUUCUAGGCCACUGGGAAGAAGCAGCUCAUGAUCUUGCCCUUGCCUGUAAAUUGGAUUAUGAUGAAGAUGCUAGUGCAAUGCUGAAAGAAGUUCAACCUAGGGCACAGAAAAUUGCAGAACAUCGGAGAAAGUAUGAGAGAAAACGUGAAGAGCGAGAGAUCAAAGAAAGAAUAGAACGAGUUAAGAAGGCUCGAGAAGAGCAUGAGAGAGCCCAGAGGGAGGAAGAAGCCAGACGACAGUCAGGAGCUCAGUAUGGCUCUUUUCCAGGUGGCUUUCCUGGGGGAAUGCCUGGUAGUUUUCCCGGAGGAAUGCCUGGAAUGGGAGGGGCCAUGCCUGGAAUGGCUGGAAUGCCUGGACUCAAUGAAAUUCUUAGUGAUCCAGAGGUUCUUGCAGCCAUGCAGGAUCCAGAAGUUAUGGUGGCCUUCCAGGAUGUGGCUCAGAACCCAGCAAAUAUGUCAAAAUACCAGAGCAACCCAAAGGUUAUGAAUCUCAUCAGUAAAUUGUCAGCCAAAUUUGGAGGUCAAGCGUAAUGCCCUUCUGAUAAAUAAAGCCCUUGCUGAAGGAAAAGCAACCUAGAUCACCUUAUGGAUGUCGCAAUAAUACAAACCAGUGUACCUCUGAUCUUCUCAUCAAGAGAGCUGGGGUGCUUUGAAGAUAAUCCCUACCCCUCUCCCCCAAAUUCAGCUGAAGCAUUUUACAGUCGUUUGCCAUUAGGGUAUUCAUUCAGAUAAUGUUUUCCUACUAGGAAUUACAAACUUUAAACACUUUUUAAAUAUUCAAAAUAUUUAAAACAAAUUUAAAGGGUCUGUUAAUUCUUAUAUUUUUCUUUACUAAACAUUUUGGAUUUUUUUUCUUUGAAUUGGGCAGGGAAGAUAUGUAUGGAAGAUUAUUGCUCUAAUUUGAGUGAAAUAAAAGUUAUUAGUGCGAGGCAAACAUAAAAAAAAAAAAAAAAA